CUCUACAUCCGGUGUGGUGGCGGCGUCCAGUUCGACUCUGCGGAGUGCAGGCCGGCGUAACGAUCUUGUAGCCAUGUCUGCCUCAGUGGUGUCGGUGAUUUCUCGGUUCUUAGAAGAGUACUUGAGCACCACUCCUCAGCGUCUGAAGUUGCUGGACGCGUACCUCCUGUACAUAUUGCUGACCGGGGCGCUGCAGUUCGGUUAUUGUCUCCUCGUGGGGACCUUCCCCUUCAACUCGUUCCUCUCGGGCUUCAUCUCCUGUGUGGGGAGCUUCAUCCUAGCGGUUUGUCUGAGAAUACAGAUCAACCCACAGAACAAAGCGGAUUUCCAAGGCAUCUCCCCAGAGCGUGCCUUUGCUGAUUUUCUCUUUGCCAGCACCAUCCUGCACCUUGUUGUCAUGAACUUCGUUGGCUGAAUCAUUCCUGUUUGCUUAAUUGAGGAGUGGGAGACUAGAAGAAUGUUCACGUUUUGAUUCCCCCUGGAGAAGGGCUCUUGAGAUGGCAGCUUGUUGGACACAUGGAUUUUCUUCAGAUUUAUACUACUGCUGGCUCUGAUUUGGUGUGCUGGUGGAGAGCCAGACAAGUUCCCUUGCUUCUGUGUCAAAACAACUUUGUACUGAGCAUUUAUUUACGUGACCUCUUCUCCCUUCCAUUGUGUAACCUUUUUGCCUUCCAAAUUAAACUCCAUGCCAUUCCUU